ACCACUUCUCCUUCUCUCCCCUGCAGCUUUUUGUUGAAAAAAACUCAUUUCAGCCUCUCGGUACAACAACAGGUUUCCUGGCUGACAAAAUGUAGAGGCAUGGCCUCCUCUUUACACAGAGCCAGCUGGUACGUGGACUCUGCACAGUCAUCUCCAGCAGCUUCUACAGCUUCAGAAAAUCUUUUGAAGCAACAGCCCAAUGGAUCAACCCAACUCCUUAUUCUGUCACCAUCAAAAACCAGAGGAGAAGAACAUUCCCCCGAAUCCCCAGAGCCAUCCUCCAUUGAGGAAUUCACACAAUCACAGGACCCGAGGUCACACCCAGCUCCCAGUACUCCUCUGAUGGUGCACAUCUUCAAUGAAGAAGGGAGAAAUCUUCACUCUGACUCCGUCACUGGCUCGAACAGACAGAAACACCAGGCUGAAGGUGAAUAUGACAAUGGCAGGGAAGGCAAAAAUGUUGCUAAAAAGAGUGAGGAGGGCCUGUCUCUGCUGGAUCCAACAAAAGAAACCUUACACAUUCCAAGAAGCAGUCCGGUCAUACGCAGAUGCCGCGCGGUCCUCCCCUGCAGCCCCGCCCCAUCAAGCUCACCAUGUGCCGAUCAGUUUGGACUUCAGAACAUUACCUACGUGGAUGAAGCGGGGUCCAAACGAAGUUCCUCUCAAAACUCAUCACCAGUCGAAAGCAAGAAGCUGUCCUAUAUCUCAGUCUCAUCAAGUCUCAACUGUCUCCUAAGUGUUGGGCUCCACCUCCCCCUCAAUGGACAACAUGAACUGGCUGAAGAACACAAAGGGCGGGACUUAACCAGCUCUGAUGCCCCCCACAAAACAGGCCAGUCAACAUCCUCACCACAACCUAAUGACAAGGAGAGAAGGCUCAGUGAUUUACCAGAACUCUGUUCACAUGUUUUCAAGACCAGCUGUGACCUGGAAAAGGAAAACGCUCACUUCGUUGUGGUGGACAUAGUGCUGGAGGUGCUGGAAUCUGUGAAGUGGACUCUGAGCUUUGAGCGACGGACCCCAUCGACACACACACAGCAGAACGCGCAGUGCAAGUUGCGCGCACGCAGACACCCACAGUCUGCAGUGGACCUGCAGCAGGAUGAACACAGAUGGGAAGAGUGCUGCAGAGGAGCUAACAACCGGUAUGAUGGACACACGAUCAUCAGGUACAGAGACCUGAGAAAAGAAAAGACACCAGAGAACGAUGUGUGUGAGCAUCAGAAAAAGACUCUCUCUGUCCUCUCCACUGACAGUGGAUUUGAAGAUGGUGGAGUCGACAAAAUGCCGAUGCAGUGUGGUUCCGUCCAAACGUCUCUACGAUGUCCCAUGAUGCAUUGCAGUGCAGAAUGGCUAGCCCAACAGCUAGUGCUGGACUUCAAGGCAACCUGGCUUCCAGUCCAGGAGCUUCGUCGUGGACGCCAAAGUCUACGCUCCUCGCUGCAGGAGCUGCCAGGAACAGGAGAUGUGACGGUGAGGGACGGCAGCCUGAGAGACGAGAUCAGGCUGAGGACGAGGAUGAGAGGGACUGUGAACUGGGCACCACCACCCUUCCAGAUCAUCUUCACUGUUCAACCAGCACACAGGCGCAGUGAGGUCGUGGCUUCGCAGCACUUUCUGUGUGCUGGCUGUGGGACAAAAGUGGAGCCCAGGUACAUCAAGAAACUGCGGUACUGUGAAUACCUCGCCAGAUAUUUUUGUGAUUGCUGUCACAGCGGCUCUGAGGCGAUAAUUCCCGGUCGAGUUCUUUCCCACUGGGAUUUUGGAAGGUUUCCUGUGAGUGAUUUCUCCAAAGAGCUGCUGGAUCUGGUUUGGUGUCAGCCCCUGUAUGAUCUCACCUGUGUCGGGAAGACGCUCUAUUCCAGAGUGAAGGAGCUGGACAGGUUCAGGGAACUCCAGGAGCAGCUCCUGAACAUGAAGAAGCUGUUGGCAUUGUGCAGAUUAUCUGGAGGAGUAAUGAAUGAGUUUGAACAGCUUCCUGGUCACCUGACUGAGCGGCCACACCUCUUCUCCAUGGAUGACCUCCUGAGGGUGAAGAAGGGUCAGCUGGUGGCGCUGGCCAGGACACUGCUGCACUCUGCAAUGGAACAUGUUCAGGACUGCAAGUUGUGUCUUGCUCGGGGUUUUAUCUGUGAGUUCUGCAGAGAAAAAGACGUCAUCUUUCCUUUUCAGAGUGACACAUGUGAGCGCUGUCCAGUGUGCAAGGCCUGUUUUCAUAAAGUCUGCUUCAUUCGGAGAAGCUGUCCAAAAUGUGCGAGGAUCCAGUCAAGAAUAAACCGAUGAGACGUAUCCAUGAUGCAGGACAACUGAAGCUCAGCAUCAGCAGCACAAAUGUUUUACAGUCAUUAUCUGAUAGAAAACUUUAUUCAUCUAUGACAUCUGUAUAUUUUUAUCUAUUUCCAAAAGCUUGUUUGUUAUGUUCUUCAAUUUGUUUUGUUUUAAACAGAGUUGGGGCAUUCCUGUGUAUCAGCGCGGUUUUCCACAUAUUACGUUUGUGUUCCGUGUUCUUCAUGUCGAUGUGUGAAGUCUGAAUUGGUGCUUUUGAACUUCUGAACUUGACUGUGGGCUAUGAGGCAUUUUGUGGGGGUUAAGAGAUGCAUCAGGUUUUGGGGAGAAGUGGUUUAAUGUCCCAUUUCAUGGACUGAUCUGCCAUCAUGAACAAAUAUGGUUGCUUUGCUUCAACAUUUCUUUUGCUGCAUGUUCUGACAAUUCUGUGUGGUUUUAUUUGUUCAUACGGCCAAAGCAGAUGGUCGCCCCUCUGACAGAUUAUUCCAAAGGUAGACUGCAGUGGGCUGCUUCAGCUUCAGACAUGGCAGCUCCCUGUGGUUUGCAGCUGUCAGUCCUGUGAGACGUCAUCAGUCCCUCAGACAGACAGAAAAAGAGCAGAAUCAGUCGGCC